AUGACUAAAUUUUUUAAAAGUUGUGCCAUGAGGACGGCUGCAAUAUGCUUGGAACAAGAGAGGCAUUUACUGCGUCGAAGACUGGAAGAAGCCAAAGGUGAGAGUGAAGCACGUGCUCUGGAACUACAAACAGACGUUGAAACAUUGAGAAGCCAGUUGGAGGAACAAAGUGAACGUGCGAGACGAGCAGAACGUGAGCAAGCAACUUUAGUCAGUGAACUUACGGCUCAAAAUAUUCGACUAGCGGAUCAAUUGAGAGAAGCUUCUAAAUCAGAGGAUCAAUUGCUCACUGAGAUAAAAUUACUUAGAGAUAAAUGCACAUUGCGAAGUACAACUCUCCAGGAUCACGUUAGUAGUCUAGAAAUUCUCCGCGAUGAGGUGCAAUUGGUUUCGGCACAAAGAACAGAGUUGGAAAGGCGAUCUCUUGAAUUGCGAGAAGAGAGAGCUAGAGCUGUUUCAGCCCUGGAGGAAGCCGAGGAAAGGGCUGCGGCCUUGGAGAGACUCAGCCAUGAAGCGGAACACCGAGCGAAAGCAGCCGAGCAGGAGAGAGGCCGGUCUGGGUCAAUACAGAAGCCACCGAGGUCGUUGCAGGCGGAAAUGGAGUGCGAGGUAAGCGGUAGCUCAAUGGGGGAGCAAGAGGACAUCAGAGCGGAAGUAGCGAGGGCGUGCAAACGACUACGAGAGCUUAACACGCACCUGCGACGGGGCGAGGACGACUCGGGACUGCAGAGUGACUGUGACGAGUCAAUGCCCGUCAUUGUCACCAGUGUUGAGACCGAGGACUAUUGUUCGGGAGCACUCACUGAGCUUGUUGAAGAAACGUACAGUCUUGCUCUGACCGGAAGAGGAGCGCCAGGAGAGCUGGGUCUCGCAGUAGAAUUGCAUCGAGUUACUGAGGAUUUGGAGCAUACAAAACAGCAACUAAAACAAGUUCAAGAUGAAUUAAAGAGACGUGGUGAAGCUUUACUGGACACGACAAGUAAAUUGAGCGUGUGUGAAGCCGAGUUGCGUGGGGUACGUGAGGAACGUGAUCGUGCUAGAGAUGACAUUGAGGACUCCGAGCUCAAUAGAGAUGAAGUGAUUGCUCAAGCAUACGCAGUGAGGGACCAAGCUGUUGCGAGAAAAAAUAGAGCGGAAGUUGAAUUAGCGAGAACCAGGAUAGACGUGCUUCAGGUUAAUAGUCAGCUGAUGGAAGCGAUUCAGCAGAAAAUUGAACUAAGUCAGCAGCUGGAGCAAUGGCAGAUGGAUAUGCAGGCUCUCAUUGAUGACCAUGUUAAGAGCAAACUAACCCCCCCUAGUGCUCAUAUAGGAAAUGGUAAUUCUAAUGAGAGUACUGAAGUUACCGCCCCUGUCAGAAAAAAACGCAGCACAGGCAGCUCCAAGAAAAUGUUUGGUUAUUCAAUUUUUUAUGUUGAGUACAGUAUGUCGCCGAGUAGA